AUGUCAUCAACUGACGUGGCAACAAAUCAGAAUCAAGCAUCGGAUCAGAAAUCUGAUGUCAAUAAAAAUAAACAACAAGAUCAAGCCAAUUCGGGCACCGAUUCUCCAAAACAAAUCAAUGGCAAACCUGUUAUUGCAACAAAAGUAACUGGUAAAGUUAAAUGGUUUAAUGUUAAAAGUGGUUAUGGUUUUAUACAACGAGAUGAUAUCAAUGAAGAUAUUUUCAUUCAUCAAACGGCUAUUAUUAGAAACAAUCCUCUAAAAUACUUACGUAGUGUUGGCGAUGAAGAAAAAGUCGAAUUCGAUAUUGUUCAAGGUCAUGAAGAAGCAAAUGUAACUGGUCCUAAUGGAGCUCCUGUACAAGGUUCAAAAUAUGCAGCUGAUGUAAGAUCAAAUUAUACACGAGGCAAUUUUCGAGGUGGACGUGACGGAGAUCGACCUCCAUUUCGUAGCCGAGGACCUUUUCGUGGUCGAGGAGGACCUUUCCGUGGUGGUCCGGGUGGUUUUGAUUCAGGUUUUGGUCAACAAUUUGGUAAUUAUGGUCCACCACAAAUGAUGGGACGACCAUCACGUGAUUUUGGUGGUCCAAUGUUCCGAGGUCGUGGACGACCACCGUUUCGUGGCGGCUAUGAUUUUGAUGGAAAUUAUUCAAGCCGAGGACCACGUAUCUUUCGCGGUCCUGGUGCUCCAAUGAUGGGAGGUCCUAUGGGUCAUAUGUCAGGUCCAAUGGUUCCAGCAUUUGGUGGUGGUUUUCGUGGUCGUAGUGGAUUUCGAGGCCGUGGUCGAGGUCGUGGGCGAUUCUUCCGAGGAGCUCGUCAAGGAUAUCGUUCUGACUCAUAUAGUGGUAAUAACAAUGAAAAUCAAACCGAUGAUCAAGAUGCUGGUCAAUCAUCAGUUUAA